UUAUUUGUUUUUAGAAAAAGAAAAGUUUCAAGCGGAAACGGAAAAGGGAGGAUAGGAUGCUUGGCAGAGCAGUUGUUGCUUCUGCAGUUUCACCAGUCUCUUCCUCUUCUUCUUCAUCUGCUUUCUGUCUCUCGCCGAAGCUCAAUUUCUCCGCCGUCUGGAGCCUCUCCGGCGUCCAAUCUUCGCCGUUUCUCGGUUCCUCUCUCCUCAGAUGUAAGAGCGACCGCAAGCCUCUCCGCAUGACGAGCUCCAGUGUCGCGGUCCGAGCGGCGGGGCAGCCGCUGGAGAACGCCGAUGAGCUCAUUGACUCUGUCGAGACUUUCAUCUUUGACUGUGACGGAGUGAUAUGGAAAGGAGACAAACUGAUCGAGGGAGUUCCUGAAACUCUGGAUAUGCUCCGUGCUAAGGGAAAAAGAUUGGUUUUUGUCACAAACAACUCAACAAAGUCAAGGAAACAAUAUGGCAAAAAGUUUGAGACUCUCGGCCUUACUGUUAGCGAGGAAGAGAUAUUUGCUUCAUCUUUUGCUGCAGCUGCCUACUUGCAGUCCAUCAAUUUUCCAAAAGAUAAGAAGGUUUACGUGGUUGGUGAGGAUGGCAUCUUGAAAGAACUUGAGCUAGCUGGCAUUCAAUAUAUUGGAGGGCCGGAAGACGGUAAAAAGCAGAUUGAACUAAAGCCAGGAUUUUUGAUGGAGCAUGAUAAGGAUGUAGGAGCUGUUGUGGUUGGAUUUGAUCGUUAUUUCAACUACUACAAAAUACAGUAUGCAACACUCUGUAUCCGUGAAAACCCUGGGUGUCUUUUCAUUGCUACAAACCGAGAUGCAGUCACCCACCUUACUGACGCUCAGGAAUGGGCAGGUGGUGGUUCCAUGAAUGGAGCUAUUGCUGGAUCUACUCAACGGGAGCCUCUGGUUGCUGGAAAACCCUCAACUUUUAUGAUGGAUUAUUUAGCAGACAAAUUUGGAAUUCAAAAGUCACAGAUAUGCAUGGUGGGUGAUAGAUUGGACACUGACAUUUUGUUCGGACAGAACGGCGGUUGCAAAACUCUCCUCGUCCUCUCUGGUGUUACAACACUCUCAAAGCUUCAAAGCCCUGAAAACAAGAUCCAACCAGAUUUCUACACGAGCAAGAUCUCAGAUUUUCUAUCCCCAAAGCCUGCCGCUGCUGUGUAAAAUCAAUAACUCCAGCUACAUACAUAUAUUAUAUUAUAUAUACAUGAGAUAUCAUCACUUAUCGGUUAGAAAGAAUGUAAAAGCACCACUUAAAGACAAGAGAAGGACCCAUCUGUAUGACUUUUUUUUUAAAUCCAUUCUUUAGUGGUUAAUAGUGUCUGUGAUUGUGAUGAAUAACAGUUGAUGAAGCCUUUCUUUUCCACAA